ACUAUGCCUCCAUAGUGCUACUAUAACUCGUAUCUGGACGAACGCAGUUUGAACACAAAUGACCUUUUCCAGUUCUCUUUUAUAAUGCUCGAGACUUUGUAGUUGUGGCAGCCAUAGCUCCAACUAACCAUGACACCGUUGUGUCUAUACGAUUCUAGGAAAGUUAAUCUGGCACAAUUACCACUACUCCUUAGUAAUUGCUUCAUAUUACUGCAAAUUGUUGGCUUUCUAUCCAGACUGGUGAUGCCGUCAGGGCCCAGAACCCGUAUGUUUAGUGGCCUAUUUGGUCGGUGGUUGUGGGUUGUCACAAUGGGUGUAUUCUGGGGCAGGCUGUUCCACGAGUAGAUAGCAUUUGAGCUGAGAAACCAAAGUGGCUCCAAGGGUUUGAGCAGCUCAGGGGAAUAAUUGUCGAGGGGAAGGUU